CUUCGCUCAUCGAGACAUUACAUUUGUCAGCAGUCAAACGUCCACAUGCGCUGUCACUCUGCCGCAAGCACAUCGCGCAAGUAGAUCGGCCCAGUCUACAGUGCCGUACCCUCCAAAGACAUCCUAGUAUCACCAUCGUUGCUACGCCAGCAUGUCACACUUCUUCAGGACCUUGGCCAAGGCUUUGCCCUUGCCUGGAGGUUUGGGAAGGUGGCGGUACCUCGUGGGCAAAGAUCUGGCAGACAAUUCCUACUACGAAUUUCCUUCUCCAGAUGGCAACAAGGACCCUCGCUUCACUCGCAGGGUGGUCAAGUACAAGGAGCACAUGGACAUCGACUUGUACGAUCGAUCCGAACUGCCUCUGCAAUGGAUGAUGUGGCUCAGACACACCAGGCGCAGCGCGCCUUCCAUUCAGGAACUUCAGGAGGACGUGCAGAGGAUAGCUACGGUCCAGGCAAACGCCGCUCGUCUAGCGAUCGAAGAGGAAGAGCGUCAGGACGCUCAGAGACGUCAACGUCUGCUUCAACAUGCGGAGCUCAUGGAGCAACGUAGCGGAGCUGCUCAGACCGGGGCGUCAGGUACGACGAGCGCCACCUCUUCAGCUCAUGCCUCAGGCAGCGCCGUCCAACACGGCAUUCAUGCGACUCGUUCGGCUCCUCAAGAUCAAGCUCUCAGAGAUAGCAGGGCUGCUGCUGUCCCUACAUCCGAGCUGGGACAAGACAGCUACGAAUGGCGUCAACCCACCCCGGAUGAUCGCGUCUGGGAAGCGAGCAGGGCAAGGUUACGAGAGGCUGGAGUUUCGGAUGCUCGAGUACCCGUCAAGAAUACUGCUACGGGACAUCAGCCCAGACGUGUUGGGACCGACACAGAUGGGAAAGCGGGAGAGUCUGGACCGAGCCGACAAGUGACCGAAGGGGAUGCGCAGUCGGAAUUUUCUGGUGCGAUACAGAGGAGAGCGGAUAGGAGGGCGCAGAUGGCUCAGGCUGCUAGCGCCGCGACCGCCAAGGAGCUGGAGAGGGAACGAGCGCGGAGAUUGAUGGCAGCGAGUCCGUUGAGCGCUUUCGAUGUAACCGUGGAAGGAGCAGCUGAGGAAGGAGCGGCAGGAUACUCGAAAGAGAUGCAGCAGGUGUACGCACGAGCUCAGGCGGAAGCGAGGGAGAAGGCGGAAAGGGAAGCAAGAAGGAACGCUGCGUCACAGAGGCGGGAAGAAAGUGCUCAGCUCAAACCUCGAUUCGGCAGAGCUGUUGGUCCAGAUGAGGAAUGGUCUCCCGAGGCCGCGUCUAUCGCGCCCAGGAGGAGGUAACUGAUGCAUUGAAGGUGGCACGGUUACGCUUCAUGUGUAAUUGUCUACAGCGGAUGCCUGUCUAAAUCGGCGUCUAUAAACCUUUUCCGAGGCUUGUCUACUGCCCGAGAGUGAUCUCGAGGUGAAGUUCGAGGCUUUUCUACUGCCCGAGAGUGAUCUCGAGGUGAAGGAAUGUGUGUACGUGGUGAUGCUAAACCCCGCCGAUCCCCACCUGCUUUGCCAUGCGCAGGGCCUUCUGCCCAGGCUGAGAACAGGGGGACCAUGAUCAGUCCAACACCCUGGCCAAAAGUCUCAAGCCGUCUAGUCUAGCCCUCUCAUUUGAUCGAAACACCAACCCUCGCUUACAGCUUCGGUAAGGGUCUGAUCAGUCCAACCUGGGUAGCGUACACUGUCAAAUUCCCAUUCUGAUCCCAGGAGUGAGCUUGAGAUGUGGUCCUCUCAUUCCGCUGUGCUAUCGAAGUGAUCUCCUUG